AUGACUCAGCUCUUUACUGGCCACGGAUGCUUUAGCGUUUACCUCAAACGGAUCGGGAGGUACUACUCCGAUGGAUGCGAACACUGCGAGCGUGGUAGAGAUGAUGCGUCCCAUAUCCUGUCGGAUUGCGACGCCUGGUCUUUCUGGCGGGACGACCUGGCGCUGAUAGUGGAGAACACUCUUAGGGAUGAUACGCUGGUCCCCAUUUUGUUUUCUGGCGAGGAGAAUUGGGGGGUAGUUUCCUCCUUCUCAGAAGAGAUUAUGUGUAUUAAGGAGGAUGCAGAGAGGAGGAGACAGUUGGCGGUGGAGGAUCCGACUAAAUAG